AGAAACAAUAGCCUCACCUGUCUGUCGGUCUGUCUCCUCCUACUCACCUGUCUGACCACCGACAUCGGUAGUCGGUCAUGUCCAGUCCGCCGCUGCUCUCCAGUAACUCAGCUGGAAACCUCCGGGAAGCGACAAACCCACAAACUCUUCCCCGGAAUGUAGCUGAGACCUUCGGCCGCCUAGAAGCCUGAACUCCGGCGACAUGUUCUCCUUCCUGCGUCCAGCCAGAAACCCUCCUCUUGAGAACAUCCACAUCUCCUCACUGCCUCCUGGUUUUCCCACAGACCAGGAACCAGAACCGACCGUAGAACAAGCCCAGGACGUGUUGGAUGAAAAACCAGUAAUCCAGACCACCUACACACACAGAGGACAGUUGGUUUUCCUCCAGAACAAUAAUGAACCUGUUGCCACCACUUACUUUGAUCAGAGGGUUCCUGUUCCAGAUGAGGACACUGAGAAGAGGAUUAGUCUCCGGAAGCUCUGGGCCUUCACCGGGCCGGGCUUCCUGAUGAGCAUCGCCUACCUGGACCCAGGAAACAUCGAGUCUGACCUGCAGUCGGGGGCUAAAGCUGGCUUCAAGCUCCUCUGGGUUCUGCUGGGAGCCACGGUCAUCGGUCUGCUGCUGCAGCGGCUGGCGGCUCGACUCGGCGUCGUCACCGGGAUGCAUCUGGCCGAAGUCUGCAACCGGCAGUAUCACACGGUUCCUCGUAUCAUCCUGUGGCUGAUGGUUGAACUGGCCAUCAUCGGCUCAGACAUGCAGGAAGUCAUCGGCUGUGCCAUCGCCUUCAACCUGCUCUCCUCUGGCAGGAUUCCUCUGUGGGGAGGCGUCCUCAUCACCAUUAUCGACACCUUCGUCUUCCUCUUCCUGGACAAGUACGGUUUGAGGAAGCUGGAGGCCUUUUUUGGUGUGCUCAUCACCAUCAUGGCCAUUACAUUUGGAUAUGAGUAUGUGACAGUGGCUCUGGACCAGGCCCAGCUGCUGAAGGGGAUGUUUGUUCCGUACUGUGAAGGCUGCAGUCCGGUCCAGUUGACUCAGGCUGUCGGCAUCGUGGGCGCCGUCAUCAUGCCUCAUAACAUCUACCUGCACUCAGCUCUAGUCAAGUCUCGAGAAGUGGAUCGGUCCAACAAGAAGGAGGUCAAAGAGGCCAACAAGUAUUUCUUCAUGGAGUCGACCAUCGCGCUGUUCGUCUCCUUCCUCAUCAACGUGUUCGUGGUGGCCGUUUUUGCUGAAGCUUUUUACCAGAAAACCAACGCCGAGGUGCACAGCGUCUGCAAUGAGUCAGGAAGUCCUCAUUCAGACCUGUUUCCUCUGGACAACGGAACUCUGGAGGUUGACAUCUACAAAGGGGGGGUGGUUCUGGGCUGUUUCUUCGGCCCGGCGGCGCUCUACAUCUGGGCAGUAGGGAUCCUGGCAGCUGGUCAGAGCUCCACCAUGACUGGAACCUACUCUGGACAGUUUGUCAUGGAGGGCUUCUUGAACCUGCGCUGGUCACGUUUCGCCCGGGUCUUGUUCACCCGAUCCAUUGCCAUCACUCCCACCCUGCUGGUUGCCGUUUUCCAGGACGUCCAUCACCUGACCGGGAUGAACGACUUCCUCAACGUACUGCAGAGCAUGCAGCUGCCAUUCGCCCUCAUCCCUAUCCUCACUUUCACCAGUUUACCAUCUCUCAUGAACGAGUUCGCCAAUGGACUCGUCUAUAAGAUCGGAGGAGGCCUGGUGAUCCUGAUCGUCUGUGCCAUCAACAUGUACUUUGUUGUCAUCUACGUCACGACACUGAACGCUGUUUGGCUUUAUGUCCUGGCAGCGCUUCUCUCUAUAGCGUAUCUGACGUUUGUAGGAUACCUGGCCUGGUUGUGUCUCAUCGCUCUGGGAGUUUCUUGUCUGGAUCCGUCCAGCAGGAGAGGAAACGAUACGACGAUCCUGAUCGAGCAGCAGCCGGAGUUCGACUCCUGACGAGUUUAAACGGACACUGAAGGUGCAGAAACAUUCAGCUGAUUUAUUUAUACGAGAAGCCGUGAAACUUUCAGAUGAAAUUUGAUGUUUGGAUGGUGCUACUGAUGUUUUUGUCUACCAUUCAAUGAACUGUUGUAUUCAGAAUUGUCUGUAUUCUUACCCUAAUAUGUGUUUUUCCCAGAUUGACAGAUUCACAGAUGUAUAUGAAGCUUUUAUAGUGAAUUUUAAAAGGAAGCCAAACAAAACAUGUUAUAUAAAUAUGAUUAAAGGAAGCCAAACAAAACAAAACAUGUUGUAUAACUAUGAUUAAACCUUUUGAGUUUUUUUUGAGUAAUAAACACAAUCUGAAACUCA